UUCCACCUUUCUUAAAGUACGGAUAGAUAACCAAUGUUCCUUGUAACCUGCCACCUCAUAAACGAUCAAACUUUGGGCGUUGUGUAACGGAAAGCCUCGCAUUCGCUGAAUAAGUUCUGCUCUUGGGACCUUCCCAGCUGAGCACACUUGCUGCCUUGCAAACCCCCUCUUUUUCAACGCCAUCUCUUCCUCCCUUCCUAAAAUACCUACCUAACUUACGAGGCUCUUCCCAAUUGCAAAUAGAAGAGUAUCCAUAUGUUUACUAGCCCGUCAUGGUAGAAUUUAGCAACUCAUACCAGGGCGAGUUGGACCACUACGCCUUCAAGCUUGAAAGCUUCAGGCGCUCAGACGAGGCUCGAGAUCAGCUCGUGACUGACCUCAUCCAAAAGUAUAGAAAUCUCCUGGAAGAGCAUACCAUUCUAAAGGAUGAUUUCCACAGUGAACAGACAGUCCGUCGUGCUUAUCAUCUUGAAAAGAAAGCCCUCGAGCUAGAGACGACCCAGCUUCGAAAUAGUUUAGAAAGUUCCAAUUUUGUAUUGGCUUUGAUUGAUGGUGAUGGAUUUAUUUUUCAAGAUCUAUUGCUUAAGGCUGGUGCCGAUGGCGGAUCAGAAGCCGCUUCUAAACUGCAGGCUUCCAUCCAGCAACACGUGGAAUCGUUAUACGGUGGCAUCUCCAGGAAGUGGCCAAUAAUGGUGCAUGUCUACGUCAGCCUGGACAAGCUGGCACAAAAGCUCGCCAGUGUUUUGCUCCUCAGACACCCCACAGAGCUACGCGCAUUUGCCCAGUCAUUCGGAGUCAACCAACCACUAUUCAGUAUUAUAGAUGUCGGUCAAGGGAAGGAGCGAGCCGAUUAUCGGAUCAAAGAAAUGCUUCGCACAUUCGGUGACAAUCCCACCUGCAAGCACAUCAUCUUCGCGGGAUCUCAUGAUUCCGGCUAUCUCCUUAAUCUAGAUCAAUACAAACACGAUUUGACCAAGGCGUCCCGCAUUACCUUGCUUGAGUCAACCGAGCCUGCGCGCGGUUUCGCGGAACUGCCCAACUUUCACCGCGCCCGUUUCGAUGCCGUCUUCAGAACAAAUCCCCUUCCUGACUAUGUCCCACCUCUUAAACCAGCUGUGCCACAUACGGUAUUGAGAACCGCAUCAAACGGCAACGCCCAGUCCGGAAUUGCUUCACCGGGGCCUGAGGUACAGACUCCAAUCCCGAAAAGACAGAGUCCUGUCUCUGUUCAGCCAGCCCCUGUUCAAUCCGCCCCUGUUCAACCAUCGCCUGUCCAACCAGCAAGUCCCGCUGUGAGUGCUUCAAGGUCUGGCUCAGUCGACUCAACGUGGGCCACUGUGGGAAAGAACGGAGCAAGUGGAAAUACCAUAUCCCUCCAGACUAAAGGUCAGAAAAAGAAAAAAUAUAUUUAUUAUAACAAGAAUGGUCAGCGGUUGGACGAGCCUCUUCCUCCAAGGGAUGAAAACGGUUCCGUCGCACUCACUCGACGCAUGAACGAGACCGGCCGUAACCUGUGUAACAAUUGGCAUUUGAAUCGAGGCCAGUGUCCCAGUGGUACAUCCUGUCGAUUCCAACACGAGCCGAAACUCAGCACCUCCGAGCUCAACGCCCUGCGCUAUAAGACCCGCCAGCUCCUAUGCAAAGAUCGCGGCUGCGAGAACUUCGACUGCUACCUUGGACACCAGUGCUCCCACGAAAGAGACGUAGGAAGUUGCCAGUAUGGCAACAACUGCCACUUUAGAGUCACGCACGGCAUGGAACGAGCCAAGGCCGAAAGAUGGGACGAGGACAGCAAUGUCGAGUUUCUCAGCGGCAGCGGUGCUGCAUAAAGAGUCCAACUAAAGAAGUAACUACGAGAAGUGUCCAUGUCCCUACACUAGUAGGAGAUGUGGACAUGCGUCCAUGACGACGAAAUUGGAGACGACGAAACUAAACGGGCGACCUUUAACAUCAUUACAGAGGACCUUUACAGACUGAACCAACCAAAGGAUCCUCAAAGAAAUUUGGCUAAAUAUUUAUUAACACUGAGUGGUAGUAGCGUAGGAGAGGGAAAGACGAGUAUAAAUUGAUACUUGAAUUAAGCUAGGUUACAGAGUCAAGGACUAAAAGCAGAGUUUACAACAAAGGGGAGAGGAUGAAUCUAGAUUGUUUUCAGAGAAUAGUGUAGGAAAUAACAUACCUCUUAGUCUAACCUCUAUUCUAAAUUAAAAAGUGCAAGCUGGCU